UAGUCCAAGCUCGGGAAAGGAGAGACGUGCGCGCCCCACUCGUCCGCAGCUUACGCGAUCCCUCGCGACGACCCCCCGCCACCCCCCUCCCCCGACUUCAUUUUCCCGGCGAAAAUUCAACGGAUUUUAGAGAUGCCCACAUACGGUGCCAAUUUUCGCUACUCGUUCAUGUUACGUGGUAUAUAGCGUUGUUGGUUGAGAUUCAUGUUUCGGUGGUUUCUUGUUGUGUUUUUUCAAAUGAAAUUGGUUUAGAUUCUGAUUCCAGUGUUUUUGGAAUGUCACAUUUGUUUCGACUGUAAGGUUUGUGAAGUGUUCGAUUUUUUUUUUAAAAAAGGAAUUCGAUUUUUUAUUUCUUUUCGUGGAAAAGUGCUCGCAUAACAUAAUUUGUCCGGUUGGAUAAACUAAAGUGAAGUUGUAUAAACCAGAAGGAUACCUAACUUAACGAUUAAAAAGGUGGACACGAUGACAGCAUAAUUGGUGUGGUAAACUCAAGGAUGCUCGUCAUUUGGACGUGUAUAUUCCAAAAAGUUAGUUAUGUGAACUUGAAAGGCACGAAAACAGCAGUCAAACAGUAGACAAGUCGGAUUCAUGAGGCGGCUAUGCCCCCUGCGACCUUCCCCCUUCACGAAUAGCUGAGACACGACCCCUCGCUCUCGGAUGGCUCGAGUCAUUUCCAUGCUCUUAUUGUUAUACGUGCCGUGGUCUAAUGCCAAUAACUCCACAAGCUCCUACACGGACAGUGAUGAUCAGCAAGAGGACGCGUGGUCCAGCUGGUCUGACUGGUCGCCAUGUUCGAGAACUUGCGAUGGAGGGGCCUCUUACCAACUGCGGAGAUGCAACUCCUUGACUGGCUGCGAAGGAGAACCUGUCCGGUAUCGAAUAUGCAAUAUGCAGCCUUGCCCGGACGGGAUCGAGUUCCGUGCAGAACAAUGUGCCUUGUACAGUUCCGAGACGGCCAACUGGACGCCGUACUGGAGCGCGGAGAACCCUUGCGCCCUGACGUGCGUCUCGCCCACCGGAGAGGUCGUAACGUUGGCCCCCAGGGUCCGUGACGGAACGAGGUGUAGACCUGGCUCUUUAGAUAUGUGUAUAGACGGUCAAUGCAAGAGGGUUGGCUGUGAUUUAGAAAUAGGCUCAAAUUUAAGGGUAGAUGCUUGUGGGGUUUGUGGUGGUGACGGGUCAUCAUGUUCACAACCCCUGUAUCAUUGGUCAACGUCUCCCACAUCCCUGUGUUCAGUUUCUUGUGGAGGAGGUCUCAAAAGUGCAGAACCUGUGUGCUUGAAUCGUGUCACCGGCGUUGAGGUUAAUUCCGAACUGUGCGAUGCAUCGCAGAAACCGGAGAUCAGUUCUGUUGAAUGCAAUACUCACGCAUGCCCUCCACGGUGGCACGCUGAGCCAUGGGGAAGAUGUACUGUCAGCUGCGGAAAAGGUGUUCGAUCAAGGAGAGUGCAUUGCGCCCAAGAGAACAAUGGAACAACGACAAAAGUUUCAAGCCACCUGUGUGAGCACAGAACGCAUAAACCGAGAUCUCACGAAACUUGCAACUUAGGACCUUGCCCGCCUUCGUGGGAAACAGGUCUCUGGUCUGGGUGUUCAAAAUCCUGUGGCGAAGGUGUGCAAACUCGAGAGGUGACGUGUAAACCAUCGGAGAUCGACCCCUCUCUAUCGUGUGAUCCUCUAAGUAAACCUGUUCAGAGUAGACGAUGCACAACUGGAAUGCCAUGCACAGAAUCUGAGGAUGAGAGUUAUGCAGAGAAAGACUCGCAAGAAUUGAGCUAUCCCCUACUGAAAGCCACCGCAGAGAAACUUGUCAGUGAACUGAAUGUGCCAUCGGAAUCAACGUUCAUAGCGGAGGAAUGGGGCCCCUGUUCUGUGACCUGCGGAGAAGGAGUCCGAACUCGUCAGGUCAACUGCAAAAUUUUCCUCGAUUUUUCAAGGACCGUCGCUCGAUUGCCGGACAAACAAUGCCAAGGACCCAAACCAAAAGAUACUGAACGUUGCGUUGAGACACCGUGCUCCUUCUCAAACAGGGUGGAAACGGUGAGAGACGGAUUUGCAGACUCGUACAAAUCAGGGAUGAGUUAUAGUGAUGUCAACAUCAAGGUAGCGCCAGGAUUUGCAGGAAAAUCGACGUAUUCUUGGCGAACAAACGGGUUCAACCAGUGCACCGCGUCAUGCCUCGGAGGGAUGCAGACGAGCUUGAUCCAGUGCGUGCGGGACGAGGACGGGAAGGUGUCCUCGCCGUGGAUGUGCGACUCGAACCAGCGGCCGGACGAGCUGACGCAGCUGUGCAACGUGCACCCUUGCCCGCCCCGGUGGAACGUCUCUGAGUGGUCGCCGUGCUCCCACCCGUGCGGCCUCGGCUCGCAGACCCGGACGGUGACCUGCAUCCACGAGGUGACCCAGGGGCCCGGCAACACCCUCGUCGUGCCCCCCGACCGCUGCCCCCAGCCGCCCCCCGCCGGCACCCGCUCCUGCAACGUCCUCGACUGCCCCGUCAAGUGGCACACCUCUGAGUGGUCCCAAUGUUCGAAGCCCUGCGGAGGGGGCAAGAAAACGCGGAAAGUGCAAUGCAAGCAGGUGCUAGCGCAAAACCACAUCCAGGACAAGCAUGAGUCCCUAUGUCCCUCGACGGAAAAGCCACCCGACUCCCGUCCCUGCAACACGAAGGAGUGUCCCAAGGAAACAACGCAGCCGAUCAUCGAGUCCUCCGACACGCCGUACAACCAGGCCAGCCCCUCCAAGAAGAAAGUCCAGUUCAAGAUCGGCGGGCCCGCCGUCAUUUUUCAGGGCACCACAGUCAAGAUCAAGUGUCCCGUCAAGCGAUUCGACAGAGCGAAAAUCAAAUGGGCCAAGAAUCACAUAGUAAUCAAAAACUUUACCACAAAAUACCGGAUCUCUAAGAAAGGCGCGCUUAGGAUUAACUCUGUCGUUAAUUCUGAUGGUGGAAUCUACACUUGCAUUGCUGGGCUAUCCUCAGCGGACACAACUCUCACGGUAAAACCUAAACCAGGCCAAUUUCCAAGUUCUGAAGAACUAGAUGGAAAAGUGCCUCUGGAUGCAGGAAUGAAAACAGGCGAAGAAAUGGGGAAGAGUUCGGGUUUCGUGGAUAAUCCGAGCGAUUCGGACUGGAGCCACGAGAACCCGACAUCGGGUCAAACGACGGGCCACACGACUCACAGGAAGAAAUCAAAACAUGACCACACCUCUGCAACCGGAAACCCCUUCUCAAAAUUGGACCCUGGAUCUGAUAUGAACGGUUUUUUAAACUCAUCAGACCCUCCUAAUUCUUCUAUGAGUUCAGGAGGGUCGCGACCGGUACCUUUCCUCAACUUCUUAUUCAUUACUUUCCAGACUUUCUGGCCGUUUCAAAGCUUGACGAGUGGAAGCCAAAUGGUAAUGGAAGACCCCUCCGAUUUCAUCGACUUGGGGCCUGAUGAAAAACUACCCUCUGAGCUGAGCAGUCAGUCUCCCGCAGAUGAUCUUUCGAGCCAUGCGUUGAUUUUAGGAAAAGGCGAUCGCAAAGAUGUCAAAUUUGAAUGGAACAUCUCUGAUUGGUCGACGUGUUCACAGUCUUGUGGAGGCAACGGCUUUCAGAUGCGGGGAGUACAUUGUCUGGUGAGAGUAGGGAACACAAGUGAGAAUGUCGGGAGCAACUUUUGCGAGGAUGCUGGAUUGGAAACACCGGAGACGAUACAGAAAUGCGGGACUGAAGACUGCCCUCGAUGGCAUCAUGGAGAGUGGCAAUCAUGCGACAAAGCCCGAUGUUUUACUUGGAACACUGCUAUGCAAAGGCGAGAGGUGAAGUGUCUAGCCGGGAACGGUAGCGAAAUAGCACUGACUUACUGUGACGAAGCCAGCAAGCCCAUUUUAAGGAGAGAAUGCUACAAUGACGUGUGUAAAGGUGUCUGGAGAGUAGGCGAGUGGUCCGCGUGUUCCGCAGCCUGCGACACUGCUGGAGUCAAGUACAGAAUACUGCAAUGCGUCUGGUACGGAACGAAAAAGCCCGCGGGCAAUGCAUGCAGGGGACUGCCACGGCCAUCUGUUACCAAAUCUUGCCAAGGGCCACCUUGUUCCCAUUUUGAGAACUGCCGGGACGAGAGCAAGUAUUGUCUGAACGUGCGAACGCUGAACAUGUGCCGGAUGUACCCCUACCAAAUUCAGUGUUGUCAAUCUUGCAGACAAAUCACGAUGGCCGACCGUUUUUAAGACUUAUUAUUUGUUAAUGCCAAAUGGUGUAAAUAUCUGAAUUAAGCUGUAAAGUAGCAAUAUUAAUUUAAGGUCAUCAAUUGGAAACCAUUAUUGAGAAAGUUAUUACUUUUUUAUUAGUUCGAUGUUAUCGCUGAUCGUAUACCGCUUUACAGGACUGCAGGAAUUCACACAAGAUUAUACCGAAUAUUCUAAGAUUCUAAGAAUUUUUUCGCAAUGGAUAAUCAUGACUUAUUUGAAGUCAAAAUUUACGGAUUGUUAUGUUUAAGAACUGAGUCUACUACUACUUUUAGGACCAUGUUUCUCUCCGAAAGGACGAAUAAGUCUCAAGGUGAUGAAGGCGCAAACGCAUUUACUUUAGUAAAAAACAUUUAAACUUGUAUAUUUUUCCACGCUGCAGUCUCUGUCAAAAUAUUUUAUAAGGGGAAAUUCUAUGGAAAGCAUCCGUGUACCAUUAAAAACAACCAAUACUUCAAGAUAUCAUUUAAUAAUAAUGAGGAGGUUUCCCCAUUAAGUGAUGUGAACAUUACCAUAAAAAGGGAAGAAUCAAUGGCUCAUAAUAAUACCGAGUAAUUUUCUGGCUGAUUUUGAACGUUUCUAAAGCGCACAGUGCGUAUCCAGUCCAUUUGACGAUUAUAAUUGAAUUCAGCCUCCGGAGAGGCGGACGUCAGAGACGUGUCGUGUUUUGCGAUUAAUCGAUUGAUCUGCCGACUAAACCAAAGGAAAAGAUUGAUUACGAGGGUGUUUGCAACAAAAAUCUUAAUAUUCGAUUCUUAAACAUAGCCUCAAAUGCGAAAAUAUCUAAACUCCUCGUCAAACCAACCGCAGAUAAUAAUGCAUGGAUGCUCUCACAUAUACCCAAGAUCUCGUAAAUACUUACUCUCGUAAAGCGAAAAUUAAAUAUUCAAAUACUAAAAUUGCAAUACAUAUAAUAUCUGUUCGCUGCAAUUUUCAUGAUAUAAGCGAUACUAUUCUAUGGUUGAUCAAUUUGUUGUUAUUAAAUUCAUUGAUAAGUAAGAAAUAAAGUACAAUUGUUUCAA